CCCAAGCACGCGGCUCUCCUGGCGGACCACGGGGUAGAUUAUGAAACUCCACCGACCCCCAUGGAAGUGGCCACUCGACGCGCCGAAAGAAUCGCCAAGGAGAAGUUGAAGGCAGGCGGGGUCCCGGCGAGCGCGACGCAUGCAACUUCCGCGGCGCCCGCGGCUGGCUCGACGCCGCAACGCAUAGUGGUGGCGGCGCACGCGGCGGGCGGCUCGGCGCCCCCGACAGCGCCCCGGCCCGAGCUGGUGCGGCGCGCGCGGCCAGCGGGCGGCGCCCCCGCUGCAACGGACGCGCCCCGCCCCGUGGCGCCCCCACAACCCACGGCGCAGCUACUGUAUCGGCAGCAACCGCUCGCCGGCAGGCACCAACUCAGGAUAUUACAUCACGCGGCUCCGGGCCAUGCGCAGAGCGUGGUGAGCAGCGCGACGACGAGCAUCAGCACGGUGGAGGGCGCGAGCGGCAGCGGCGCGGCCGCGCUGCGCACGCUGCAGCUGCAGCAGCUCGCGCUGCGCCGCGCGCGCCCGCACCCGCAGGUCGUGUUCGCACACCUGGCGCCAGCGCCCUCGCCCGCGCCCUCUCCGGCGCCCCCGCCCUCCGCGCCUUCGCCAGCCGCGCCUUCGCCGCCCGCUCCAGCGCCCUCGCCUGCGCCCUCCGCCGCGCCGCCCGCGCAGCCCGCGUCGCACGAUACGCACCACUGAUAAUAAAUACUCUACCAUA